UCCAUUGGUUGCUUGGCUGAGAACCGAAAACAUGGUGGCCAUGGAAGGAUGUGAAAAGACAGCUGUUUGCUACGUUAGGUUAUAUUCAAUGGAGUGAUUUCUUUUUGUUAAGCACAAAUAUCGGUUCAUCGCUAUCGGCUCAGACGAGGAGACGAGUGUCGAUAGUAACAACAUGCGACAAUGAAGAGAUUCAACGAAUUUCUCGCGACUUGUGUCGUAUUGCAAUACUUUUGCCAUGUAUGCACUACACAUUUGCUCAUAAACGUCAAAAAUCAGGGUGGUGAUAUUCUUCUGGAAACAAUCUCGUCUAAUGUUACAGAAGAUUUGAUUACUCUAGAAUUCCAACGUUCCGAUGGCACGCUAGUCACACAACUCAUUGAUUUCAAAAAUGAAGUUCAAGUUAUAAAAGCUUUGGUACUUGGUGAAGAGGAACGCGGACAAAAUCAAUAUCAAGUCAUGUGUUUUGUGAAUCAUUUUUAUAAAGUAGAUUUUAUAUCUUCUGACGCAAUGUCCAAACUGCGUCAGAAAAAUCCAGGCACUGUACGUGUAGCGGAAGAAGACAGAGGUCAUGUCAAUUAUACAAUGGACUUGUUUCUGGAUGUAUCUCAAUCUAAAGAGAUCUCGAAGCAUGUUGCUACACUUUGCACAGAAGCAGCUGGAUCAACUUAUACUAGGAACGAUGAUAUAAAACAGUGGAUACAAAGACCAGGUUCUUCGGAAGAGUUACUCAUGGCAGCUGUAUAUAACUUUACAACUAUGCCACAAUCGGGCACAAAUGAUACGAGAUCACUAUUGGUCUCCAAAUGCGCUGACACAUCAAAUCUCUGGGCACCUUGCACAUGCUCUUUGGAGUUAUGUAUUGGUUGGUAUCCAUGUGGUUUAAAAUUCUGCAAAGGAAAGUCUGAUGGCAAGAAAAUAGCCAGCACGUACCGAUGUGGUAUAAAAACCUGUAAGAAAUGUUUUAUAUUCUCAUAUUAUUCUAAAAUGAAACAGAAUUGUCUAUGGGACGAAUGACGUAUAAGGACACUGUAGAUUGAAAUUUUUAAUAUGAAUUGAAAAUAUUAAUGCAUGCAGCAUAAUAGAAAAGAAACU